UUGGAUAAUUUGUUUAAGUAAAUAAAGUAACAGACCAUAGAGAAAUGCAAGUUCAGUGCACUGUAAUUGCAACUAAAUAAUGUUUAUUUGUGCUACAGUAUAGCCUUUGAACCUCUUCUUUAUUACAGAACCAUAAAAAACAUUUCUUUAUAAAUAGUUAAAAUGUUUAAAACAAUUUCCUUGUUUGUUGACGUUGCUUGUACCAUGAAAAUUUUUGUUAUUUGUUGUAUUAGUGACAUAAAAAGACUGCUGUACUAGUUCCCUGACUGAUACAUUAUACAUUGAAUUAAUAAUGGUUUUUAGGCUUAAGUAAAUUGUGCAUUAGUGAGUGGUGACAUGAAGCAGAAUAUUAUUUUACAGUAUGGAAACAAAAUCAAGCUCUCAGAACUUUUGUAGUAAAAAUGAUUUGAAUUAUUCCCAUUAUUCUAGUAUGGUACAUAGAAAAAAAGUAGUUAAGCAUGCUCUUCGUCAACAAGUAAGAAGAAGGAGAAAAAAUACAACAUUAGCCUCAGGAAAUCACCGUCUUCCAUCCAAAGCUGUUCAUCCACUACAACCGCCAAUUAAUAAUCUUCCGUUCAGUGUAUUUCAUGGUCAACAAAAUCAUAUUGUGCUUGAAGAAUCUGCUGUUACAAUGAAAGAAGUUUUGGCUAGUUUACCAGGUUUUACUAUUAAGUCGAACCGAAGACGUUCUAGUAAAAAGUUAUCUGUAGCAGCACAACUAGAAGCUGGCCUAGUUGAUUUAGAAUCUCCAGCAAGUAUUUUAACUAAUACAAGUCUUAGAUCACUUCUCAAUAGACACACGUUUCAAGGAUUACCACCUCUUUAUCAAAGAAAACUCGCUCAACUUCUACCAGUGGUAGAUCGACAGGAUGCAGCUGUUUCUGGACUUAAUAAUGAGUUUUUUGCAAGAGCGUGCCAAGAAUGGAGAAAGCGCUUAGCUGAAGGAGAGUUUAUGCCAGAAAAUCAACAAAAAUUGAAAAUCGAAGCUGAAAAAGACAAAAACAAAUUGGAUCCAUGGAAGGUAAAACAUUUUGAGCCGAUUUGGGGAGAAAAACGGGAAAUGCAUAAAUUAAAAAUAGGCCUGCACUGUCUUAAUAAGGAGCACAGAUUUACAAUACCACCACGAUCAAGUCUAAGAUCACAAAUUGAAUUAUCUUUAAAUCCAGUAUUGGACAAUCACCAGUCGUCUCAUCCGUCGUUAUUGGGUGAUAAAUAUGACCGAGAUUCAAAUAUAUUUGCUGAACACAAAUCAAGUAAAAUGCAUUCUAAAUUACUGGAAAAUGAUAGAAUCAUGCCAAAAUAUAAUGUUAGUGUACGGAUAUUACAUGAUGAAGAUGGUGAUGACGAAAAUGAAGACGAUGAAGACGAAGAUGAUGGAGACGAUGAAGAUGAUUAUGAAGAUGAAGAAGAUGAGGAGGAAGAAAAUGUAGAUGAUGAAGAUGGAGAUGAUGAAAUUGAUUCACAUGUUUCCUUAGCUUAUCUUAAAGAAGAAUCACAGCAUUGCAGAGCAAUCAUUGUUACAAAUACUAAUAAUGAAGACAUAUUUAGUCGAGAACUAUCUUCAGAACUGCCUAUAAUAGAACAAAAAAAGUAUUCAAAAGAAAUGGUUUUAGAUUUUGUGAACGACAAAAAUAUAGUUGAAGUUGAUUUUAAAUUAAAGGAACAGAAGUGCGAUAAACGAGGGCGAAACAUUGAAAGAUGUUCGAAGACAUCUCUAAAAGAAUUGAAACAUUUGACAGCAGAUACUUGUAAAAGUAUUUCAACGAAAGGUCUUGAAGUCUUUUCGGAUAACAAUGAAAAAAAAACAGGUUCAAUGUCAGAAAAACUUUCUGCCGACCAACAAAAUACUAAAACUUAUCAGAAUGCUAUUUCGAAAUUAAAAUUUUUCAUGAAAGAUGAAUCAUUUAGUGGUAAUACUACUAUAAGUAUUAAAACAACAGAAAAUGAGACACCCUUUAGAGAACCACACCGUUGUUGUUCAAGAAAUAAUCAGAGCUUUAACUAUGAUAGUAAUAGUUUGCCUGCAGAAGUGCCCGAAAUCUUCGAUAUUAAUAAUCAGAGUUUACAAGAGAUUGAUGGAUUAGAGGUACAAGAAGAAAUGCAACACAUUUACCAGCCUAUUUCAACCAGUCAUGAAAAUAAUGUUCAUCCUAUUUUAGAAGAUAUUAAAAUAAGUUGUAGUGAUAUCAAAAGUACCUCAACAAUUACNUGUUACCAAUACCAAUUGUUCCUGGACAAUUUGAACAUUCAUCUAAGUAAAAGGCGGGCGUUGCUUCUGGUCAAUCCAUUCGAUGUAAACAAUCCUUGUAUGAGCAAAUGGGAUCUUCAACUGCUUUGA